AAUCGUGGCUCGCGCAUAUCUAAUUGCUGGUCGACUCAGCUCAGGCUCGGUUUUGUUUUUAUUUAAUUAAACUAUAAUUUAAAUAGCUGUAAAUAGCAUAUUUUGUUCAAAGUCGCUUUACAGAACCUAUAUCCAUUAGUUAAUAACCUUUUCAAAGCCGAAGAAAAUCGAAGCGCGUUUUUCCAGGCCUUUUAAUUUUGUGGAAAGAAAUCGUAAUUAAGAAACAAUCGAGUCCGUAGAAAAAUGUGCCUUUAGUCUGCUUGGAGUCGAUACCUGCAGAAGUGCCCACGCCAUUCAGAGAAAAGAAUAUGUUACCAAAAAUUGGCCUCCUGGCCGGACUUCUGGUGCUCCACGCAAUUUGCCUAGCCACCGCCCAGUUGCCUGGGGACCUGCCUUCGGGCCAAGUGGAUCCGGGACAACCCGUGCAGCAGCCACAAAGCUAUCAGCCCAGCUACAACAAAGAUUAUUCGCCGCGGUACAACCCGCUAUACACUGGGCAACAGCCGAGUCCGGAAACCAACCAGUACGAAAAUCCCCUUCUCGACGGCCAAAGUCCUAACACCUAUAAAGGGUACUACGAUGGCCGGGUGGGAUCUGGAGGCCUUGGCGGCAACGUGGUUGGCCCUGGCAACAACUUGGGCGGACUCGGUCCCCAGUACGAUCCCUUCAACAGAAACAACAUUGGCACAGCGGGGGUAAGCUACCGCGACGCCUAUAGCGACGAGGACAACUUCUGCCCGGAGCACUGGGUCUCGUUUAGACAAACGUGCUACCGCUUCAUUCGUUCGCCCAAACGCAACUGGGCCGAGGCCAAGAAGAUCUGCAAGGCAUACAACGCCGAUUUGCUGAACGUGGACAAUAUUGAGAAACACGCGUUUAUACUCAAAAACCUCAUAUUGCAAAACCAACGACAGAACCGAUUCUUUAUAUCUGCCCGACAGACCGGCCCACUGAACUGGGUCAACGAUGACAACACCCAGCUGGUGCAAAUCGAGGAUUCAUUUUCAAUGGAUGAGAACGUGCCCUUGGAAAACGAGGACCUGCACGACAACAGAUUCCUUGUUCAGAACGACCUUAACAACCGAAACCUCAACAAUCCGAAUCAGUUUUACAACUCCCUGCCAGGCAGCGUUAAUCAGCGCAAUCAAAAUAACCUCCGCGGCUUCAUAGGUCCCAACCAGCCGUAUGGCGACAAUGGAUAUGUGCGCGAUCGCGUUGUUUACGCCUUCUCCAAGAAAAGGGAUCGCUGGAUGUUUAUGCCGGCGUACGAAAUUGAGCUGAAUCUUUUCAUCUGCGAGUCUAAGGUUCUGUACAGCCCAGAUAAUGUCAACAUAAAGUUAGACGACAAGCGUCCCUAUUACUAUGGACUGGAUGUAACAGACAUGGAACGCAUACCCCGGGGACCCUAUUUCGUAAAGCAGCCGAACGACACAAUAUUCGACGUAAACAAAAACCGUCUGAUCAACGAUGUAACUCUCAGCUGCUUGGCCGGCGGUUAUCCCACGCCCUCGUACAACUGGUACCGCGAAGUGUACGUGAACGACACACUCGAGUACCAGAAGAUCGAUCCCCUGGCGCAGGAUCGAUACACCAUAUCGGGGGGGAACCUGAUCAUUUACGAGCCCAAACAGGCACUAGACCAGGGCGCUUACCAUUGCGUGGCAGAAAACAAAUUUGGCCGCAUUCGGUCGGAAAGCGCGCACUUGAAUUUCGGAUUCAUCAUGGAAUUCAACCUGAAACGCUCGGCUGAGACGAGUGAAAUGAACUGGGGCAAAUCGAUAUUCUGCGACCCACCGCAACACUAUCCCGAUGUUCGCUAUUACUGGGCCCGCGACUAUUUCCCCAAUUUUGUGGAGGAGGACCAACGUGUUUUCGUCUCGCGUGACGGUGCUCUAUAUUUCUCGUUUAUAGAAACCGUGGACAGGGCCAACUACUCCUGCACCGUGCAAACCCUUGUUUCGGACACCGGUCGCAAUGGGCCAUUUUUCCCGCUACGUGUGACGCCCAACAGCAAUUAUCAAGCACUUAUAUUUGCUAAUACAUUUCCGAAAGUCUUCCCAGAGGCGCCGGUGGCUGGUGAUGAGAUCCGGCUAGAGUGCAUGGCUUUUGGUUACCCCAUUCCGUCGUAUAACUGGACGCGACAAGGCCUUCCUCUACAACGCAACGCGUACACAAUGAACUAUGGGCGCGUGUUGAUCAUCCAGAACGCGACAACUAACGACAACGGCGAGUACUCCUGUACCAUCACCAAUCCCCGCAAGACGCUGACAAAGAGCAUAUAUAUCAACAUACAAAUGCGGCCACAGUUCACCAUUCCACUUAAAGACAUGAUCAAAGACUACAACAGCGACGUCACUUUUAUAUGCGAGGCAUUCGCUAUUCCUGACGCGAAUUACACGUGGUACAAAAACGCAGAACGACUCGACCCCGCGACCAUUAACCGGGACCGCUACAUAAUCCAAGACAAUGUGCUCACCAUUAAGUUCUUGGAAAAGGAUAAGGACGAAGCAAUGUACCAGUGCGGAGCCCAAAAUCAACUGAAAACGUCAUUCUCCUCAGCGCAGCUACGGGUGUUGUCUAUGAAACCGUCUUUCAAAAAGCACCCCCUUGAGUCCGAGGUCUACGCUGUCUACAACGGCAACACCACAAUUGUCUGCAACCCAGAGGCCGCUCCACGCCCAAAGUUCCAAUGGAAGAAAGACGGUCAGGUUUUAGGCUCCGGUGGCCACCGGCGAAUUCUGCCUAGCGGGACCUUGACAAUUGCACCCACGUCACGCGACGAUGAGGGAAUUUACACUUGCAUCGCAUCAAACCAGGCCGGCACUGACGAAUCUCAUGCCCGCGUUAUUGUUUUACAGGAAAUCCGUUUCAUUGAAACACCUCCGCAGCGCAUAGUUGCAAAAGAACACGACUUAAUCUUCUUGCAUUGCGAAGCCGCAUUCGAUGAACUUCUGGAUAUUGCAUAUGUUUGGAAGCAAAAUGGCGAAAUCUUAAAGAACAACCAUGACGGCACCGGACGUAUUAUUGUCGACUGGAACAGAUUGACAGUGCAUAACACCACAAUGCGUGAUGCCGGUGACUACGAGUGUGUGGUCAAGUCGGCGGUCAACGAGAUAAGCAGCAAAACCAGCGUGUCUAUUGAGGGAGCCCCAGGUGCUCCAGGCGGCGUUCAAGUCAUACAGAUUAGUAAGACAAAGGCCAUCAUUGAAUGGGUCGAUGGAGCGAACAACGGACGAGCAAUCCGCUACUACAACAUACUAGGCCGAACCAACUGGAACCGGACAUGGGUUAAUGUUUCCACUCACGUGCAGGCGCGAGAGGUGGAUCGCUACACGUCGCGCCAGCAAGCAGAGGUGGUAAAUCUAACUCCCUGGUCGGCCUACGAGUUCAGUGUGACCGCCGUAAACGAUCUGGGAAUUGGCACGCCUUCCGCCCCGUCGCCAAUCUACAGCACAUACGAGGACAAGCCCUACAUUGCCCCGAGGAACGUGGGUGGCGGCGGCGGAAAAAUCGGUGACCUAACGAUUACUUGGGAUCCGCUUUUGCCGCAAGAGCAGCACAGCCACGGCAUACACUACAGGGUGUUUUGGAAACUAAAGGGCGCCAUUGAAUGGGCAUCGGAUGAAAUUAGAAAACAGAAGAAUAUGGGCGUGGCAGUGGUUAAUAUUCCACUUAACAACUACUAUACGGAGUACGAAGUCAAGGUGCAGGCCAUCAACAACAUUGGGAAGGGACCCGAAAGUGAAAUUUCGGUCAUCCACUCCGCCGAGGAUAUGCCGCAGGUUGCUCCCCAGAAGCCCAUCGCGCUCGCCUACAACUCAACCUGCUUCAAUGUCACCUGGCAGCCGAUUGACAUGUCACGUGAGAACAUUCGUGGCAAACUCAUUGGCCACAGGUUGAAGUACUGGAAGACUACGCACCAGGAAGAAGAUUCUGUUUACUACCUGUCACGUACCACAAGAAAUUGGGCUUUGAUCGUUGGUUUACAACCUGAUACAUACUACUUCGUCAAGGUCAUGGCGUACAAUGCGGCUGGCGAAGGACCCGAAAGUGAACGCUUUGAAGAGCGCACAUAUCGAAAGGCGCCGCAGAAACCACCGUCUUCAGUCCACGUGUAUGGAAUAAACCCGUCGACGGUACGAGUUGUCUGGCGCUACGUGUCCCCAUCCCAGGACGAGGAACCAGUUGAGGGUUAUAAGGUUCGCAUUUGGGAAACGGACCAGAAUAUGAUCACAGCCAACAACACCAUAGUGCCGGUUGGACAAAAACUCGAGUCCUACAUUAAUACCCUCACGCCCGGAAAGAGCUACAAUAUGCGAGUCCUCGCCUUCAGCAACGGAGGAGAUGGCCGAAUGUCGAGCCCUACGUUGCGCUUCCAAAUGGGCAAAACGACGCGCAAUGCUGCAAAUACCCGACACGGCCACAAUAUCAACACGGCGCUUGUCUUGAGCACAUUGCUACUCAUCACCACUUUUUUCUACACAAACCACUGAAUGCAGCACAAAUCAAGAUGCAUAAAUUUAGGCAGUAAGAAUAUAUUCUAUACUAAGAAGUGACCUUAUAUAAUAGUAAGAAGUGCAGCUGUAAAACAAAAACAUUCCGUUCGUGCUCCUUUUUAAGCUCCCUAACUCAUGUAAAUGCAAUUCCGUCCAUUUUCUAGAAUUUUUUAAAACAAAUAAAUUUGUAUCUUUCCAAAAA